UUCGGUUGGGUCCCGGUGCCAGUCACAAGACAGUCCAUUAGUCUUUCCAUCGGAAUCUCCUGAGGCUUCACGCCGCUCCCAAACUGUUGUUAUUCGUCCACACACGGAGUCCGCCCUCGGAAACCGUCCUCAGAGGUUAGGAGGAUGCUGCUAGGCGACGGACCGGGAUCCUCCGACCGGAUCGUCAACGAGCUAUGGAGGAGGCAGAAGGAGGAAGCCCGUCGCAGGAAAAUUAACGAGCAACGAGAGAUGAGGGAGAUGCUGGAAAAGUACUGGCCGUGGGGCAAGACGGAGUCGACCAAGCCCAGGGGACUGAGAAACCUCCGUCUGGAUGAGCUCUUCCCCAACAAAGACUACCAAAACGCGAAACGCUACGUGGGGCCCCUGGAGAUGGGCAGGCCGGGAGGCGGGGCACCCCUGGUAAACGAAGGUCGGAAGAUCGCGACCACGAAGGAGGAUCCGUUAUUACGGUUUCAGUUCGGGAGCAAAGACUUGAGAAGGGCGGUGGACAACGGCUUGAGGUACAAAACGGAUCGGAAUGCCCAGAUGGAGUACAAAAGGGAACUGGACAAGCUCGUGGAUGAGAAGAGACGCAUACGCGAGAAGGAAAAGCAACUCGAAAUGGAAUACGAAAAACGGCAAGGUUGGUCGGAGGGGAACGCUGUGAGGAAGCUCGACAGGGACGAAGAACAGAGGGAUGUUUCGAUCAGGAACGGGAGGCAGCGGAGGGUGAUCAAGCUCGAGCCCAUCGUCCACCCGAAGACAUUCAUUGUGGCGGGCAAGAACCGCAAACUGUCGCCGUUUUCGAGCGACGGAGACGGCGUCGAGUUGGUGGCCCUCCUUACCAAGGACAAGAACCGCCCGCCGAGGGCGCCACUCUGCAGCACCGACGUCACGAGGGAGAGAGAGUCGGGGAAGUCAGGCUCCUGGAAUCGCCACGACUCCGCCUACUUGAAGGACCUCGCCCAGCAAAUGAUGACGAAGAAGCAAACGUCGCAGGACAUGAAAGCGGAGGAAAACGAAACCGCUCGACGUCAUUUUACGACCUGGACCGGGUUCUGGGGCAGACCCGGCAACGGGGCCCCCAGGUCGGCCGUGAAGAAGGCCUCGCUCGACCGCCUGCUCUACCCCCCGAUGAUGCCCAUCGGGGUGCACUAGAAGACUUGCCGUUUAGAGAUGCCAAAUUAAAAUGUUAAAAAUG